AUGAUUGCAACAUUACCUGAGGCCUACGAUCUCGUCGUGGUCGGUUCCGGGUGGUUUGGCCUUGGAGCCGCACGAGCAUACAUCCAGUCCCAUCCCGAUCACAAGAUAGCUGUUAUAGAAUCCAACGACUCGGUCGGAGGCACAUGGUCCGAAAAGCGCUUGUACCCAGGACUCAAGAGCAACAACAUGCUUGGUAGCUACGAGUUCCCUGACUUCCCUAUGAAAAAAGAGGUCUACGGUGUGCAAGAACUCGGCCAUAUCCCUGGCGCAGUGUUGAACCGAUACCUGACCGACUUCUCCAAACACUACGGCAUUUAUGAGAGGCUGCAAUUCAACUCGACUGUCGGCCUUGUCGAAUCUACGGAAUCUGGAUGGACAUUGACGGUGACUUCUCCGAGCGGUGAAAGGAAAGUCCAGACAGAAAAGCUCAUCCUUGCAACGGGUCUCACAUCAACACCUAAUCUUCCGUCAUACAAGGGUGCCGAGAGUUUUGGAAAGCCAUUGUUCCACGCGAAAGACUUUUGUCGGAGAGCAGAUGAGCUCAAAGGGGCAAAGAACGUCGUUGUAGUCGGUGGUGCAAAGUCUGCCUACGAUGUAGCAUACGCUAUGGUUGAAAGUGGUGCUACUGUCGAUCUGGUCAUCAAGCCUGAUAGCAAUGGUCCUGUUUGGAUUGCACCUCGGAAGGUGACGCCACUUGAGCACCGUAUCGACACCAUCCUCAACGUUCGAGCCUUAUCUUGGUUCAGUCCUUGUCCAUGGGGUCACGAGGACGGCUUUGGCAGGGUGCGAAAAUUCCUAGAGAAGACUUCCCUCGGACGAAUGCUCGUCCGGGGCUUCUGGAAAGUGAUGGGUAACGAUGUCUUGCAGCGGAAUCAAUACGACAAUCACCCAGAGCUUCAGAAGUUGAAGCCUUGGCAUUCCGUGUUCUGGAUCGGCAGCGGGUUGAGCAUUCUCAACUACAAUACCAGCUUCUUCGACAUGAUCCGCGAUGGGAAGGUUCGUGUCCACAUCGAGAACAUUGACCAUCUCGCACUUGGAAAGGUUGUGCUUGAGAAUGGGGACGAACUCAUAGCAGAUGCUAUGAUCUGCUCCACGGGCUGGAAAAAAGAGUCGACUAUUACGUUUGUCGGUCUGGACAAGACAGGCUUGGGCCUGCCCAUAGAUGAGAAGGAGCAGGCGAACCUUAGCCUUGAGUACGACACUAAAGUGCUGAAGGACUUUCCAAUUCUGGAGAAGCAGCCCACUCUACGAUCUAAACCCAAGAAGGCUUCGGAGCCUCUUCGAUACUACCGCUUUAUGAUUCCGUCAGGCAUGCUUGCGAAGCGGAACUUUGCCUUCGCAGGCAUGAUCUCCACGGUCAGCACUGCAAUAUGCGCUAGCACCCAAGGCCUAUGGAUCACAGCUUAUUUUGAUGGCCGUCUGGAACGCGAGGCAAAGACCCAAGACGAGGUAACCCGCGAGAUCAUGAUGCACACACAGUGGGGUAAGUGGCGGUACCCCUGUGGAUACGGUGCCAGUCUUCCGGACUUUGUCUUUGAAGGCAUUCCUUACGUCGAUAUGCUCCUUCGGGACAUAGGGGUUCGGAACAAGCGAAAAGGCUCUUUCAUCAAGGAACUUUUGUCGCCAUACUGUCCUAAAGACUACAAUGGGGUGUUGGAUGAGUAUAGGACAAAGAAUGGGAUCGUGGGGAAAUGAACGAGAAAAGGGGCGUCGGUGUGAUUGC